UUCGUCAAAGCCGUGACGUCAAGCCCGCAGCGAUACAAAACAGCGCGGCUCGCGCCCAAUAACCCCAAACUCGCUCGACUUCAGACCGAUUCGCACGGGCUUCUCGAGCUUUCCAAAAAUCGCACCGGCAUCAGAUGCACACGGUUAUUCGCAGUGAAAAGAAGAGAUAGUCGAAGCUUCGACGCUUAUAUACCUACUUAGAUUGUUCGCGAAGUCUCAGCGCAAUUGUAUUUUCUUUUCGUUUUUCACCCCGAGGAGGAUUUUCUUAUUUUCUUUCGUCGUCAGUCCUUUUGAUAAGCUAUAUCGUUGAAUUAUGGAAAAGGUAUCCAUGCUAAAGGAUUUAGGAAACAAACUCUUGGCAGAGAACAAGUUAGACGAUGCUAUUGAUAUUUACACACAAGCUAUAGAAAUAGAUAGCAAAAAUCAUGUAUUGUACAGCAAUCGUUCCGCAGCUUAUGCUAAAGCUGGAAAAUACGAUUUGGCACUCCAAGAUGCUGAAAAGACUGUAUCGCUUAAACCCGACUGGUCAAAGGGAUAUUCGAGGAAAGGCAGUGCUUUGGCUUACCUAGGAAGAUACGAUGACUCGAUUGAAACUUACUCAAAGGGACUGCUAUUGGACCCCAGAAAUGAACAAUUGCAAUCUGGUUUAGAAGAGGUCAAAGCUCAAAAAAAUAGUCAAAGUCAAUUUAACAGUCAAGGUGCUUUACGUAAUCCCUUCGUCGGGGCAGAUGUCAUGACAAAGUUGAGAAAUGAUCCCAGAACAAAGGCUUAUCUGGAUGAUCCUGAGUACAUAAAAAUGUUGGAUAAGUUUCGAACCAACCCCACAUCUUUAAGUUCUCAUCUGUAUGACACAAAAGUAAUUACAACACUCGGUGUACUGUUAGGCUUCAAUGAGACGGAAAUGAAUAUGGAUGUUGAUCCUCCUAAGUACGAGGAAAAACCACAGAAAAAGGCAGAAGAGCCAAAGCCAAAGCCAAAAGAAGAAGAAAACCUAUCUGCAGAAAAGAGGCAAGCUUUGGAAGAAAAGAAUCUUGGAAAUGCAGCCUACAAAAAGAAAGACUUUGAGGAGGCUUUAAAACACUACAACAAAGCCGUCGAAAUCGACCCGACGGAUAUUACGUAUUAUCUAAACAUAGCCGCAGUUUAUUUUGAACAGAAGGAAUACGAAAAGUGCAUAGCACAAUGCGAAAAAGCCAUUGACAUCGGUCGCGAGAACCGAGCCGAUUUCAAGCUGAUCGCGAAGGCUUUCACGAGAAUCGGUCACUCUCACAAGAAAAUGAACAACUGGAAGCAGGCUAAAGUGUACUACGAAAAAUCGAUGUCGGAACACAGAACACCGGAGAUCAAGACGCUUCUGUCUGAUAUCGAAAAAAAGAUCAAAGAAGAAGAAAGGAAAGCUUACAUCGACCCUGUUAAGGCUGAGGAGGAAAAGGAGCUGGGUAACGAGAAGUUCAAGGAAGGUGAUUACGCGGCCGCUGUAAAACACUACACAGAAGCCAUCCUCAGAAAUCCUGAUGACCCCAAGUACUACAGUAACCGAGCAGCGUGCUAUACAAAACUGGCGGCAUUCGACUUAGGUUUAAAAGACUGCGAAAAGUGUGUAGAGAUCGACCCCAAAUUCAUCAAGGGUUGGAUCAGGAAAGGCAAGAUUUUGCAGGGAAUGCAGCAACAGGGCAAAGCAAUCACCGCAUACCAAAAAGCGUUGGAUCUGGAUCCAACCAAUGCCGAGGCCCUCGAUGGAUACCGCUCAUGUUCGGUAGCCGUCAGUUCCAACCCCGAAGAAGUCAGGAAGCGAGCCAUGGCCGAUCCGGAGGUGCAGAGCAUUCUCAGAGACCCUGCCAUGCGACUUAUCCUCGAACAGAUGCAGAACGACCCCAAAGCAUUGCAAGAUCAUCUAAAGAAUCCAGACAUCGCAGCAAAACUUCAGAAGCUUUUGGAAUCGGGACUUGUAGCCAUACAUUGAUAAAGUUGACAUUAACAAAAAACAUUUUUAUAUACGUAUAGCUCCAGCGAAACGCUUUUUCCAUUAAGUUCCUUCCGCGCAAAGGUCAACUCGAAUUAUAUUCUAUUUCACUGUUAUUAUUGUCAUCAUUGUGUAUCAACUUUUUACAAAAAUAGGGUAUUUUUACACGUUUUUGUCAUUGAUUGCCUACGUGUAUCAGUUAUGUUAUUCCCAACUUAUACACUAAAGAAAAAUACAGCAAAAAAAGUAGAAAGCAAAAAUACGAAAAAAUGUGUUCAGUUUAAUUCAAUAUUUAUAUAUAUAUAUAUAUAUAAAAAAUUAUAAAUUGUAAUAAUAGGCAGUAAAUAAUUUAACUAAUUAUAAAAUAACAAUAUCUUUUCGUUUUCAACGAACCAAAAUAAUUAUUUUAAAAUUAAUAAUUCCAAAUAUUUUGAUUUGUAAAAGCAAAUCACAUUAAUCAUGCGUCAAAACGCGGCCUUUUCCAGUCCAUUGCUCCUUUAAAUUUACUUUCAAGCCCAAAUCUCUCAAAGCUGCCUUUAGGUCGUUUUCUAAAUUUUCUCCGUGUUUCUCGAGAGCACUGUUGAAUAUAUCCUCAAUGCCAUAUACAAUAAAUUCUCUCGAUUCAUGCUUAUUACGGACCGACAUAUUCCUGACUGCCCAAGAAGCUUGCUGAAUCACAUUGGCACUAUUGGGAUAAGCUUUGACUGCAUCGAUUAUAAUCGGCACGGCCCCGCAAUCGUAAAAGACGCCAGCGUUUGAGGGACUUUUCAAUGUCAAUGCUGAUAUGCAAGCAAGUCCUGCUGUUACUACAGCUUCUGAACUCUGUAAAUAAAAACAGUAAUGUAUGAUGACGAAUCAUAAAAGAAGCUUCUACUUAACGAAAAUUUUGUUUGUAGUCUUGUAAUUAUUACUUUUUUAUUUUAUUAAAAAAUGCCAGUGAUUUUCGUUCAAGAGGAUGUAAAUAAAUCUGAUUUCGAUAAAUAGAA